AGAUGAACAGAGACUGUUUAUGUGUCAAAGUUCUUAGAUACCUUCAUAGGAAGGUAUCUAUUUUAUGCGUGUCCAGUUUGUUGAAAAUGCACAAAGCAGAGAAAUGAGUACAAAGAUUAGCAUAUAUAAAACAACAAUAAGGCCCGUCAUGACUUAUGCUGUAGAGGCAAUGAGUUUGACAAAGAAAGAGGCCGAAAUAAUGCUGAAAAUAGUACAAUGGGAGCGAAAAAACAAUGUGACGUUUACAGGAGAAGAACAAAUAAAGAAAUAUAAAAGAAGUGCUAGAGAAAGAGAAUGUGAUAAAAGUAAUGAAAAAAGGAAGAGGUGGGCGGAAGUUUGGGAAAGAAUGAUUGUAGACUGGACGUAGAGUGCAUGGAUUAGGUGGUUAUGGAUUUUAAAAGAAUGGAUGUAUGAAGAACUGGGUCUCCCCGAAGAGGACUCUACAAAGUUCCAAGGAACGGUCAAGUUCCACAUAACGGACGAUUUAUAGCGAAACCAAGUUCAUUCUCUGAGUAUUUAAUAAAUCUAAUCGCAACUUAUCUGAAAUCAAAGUGUAGAGAUGGCGUUGAAUGUACUUUCCCACCAGGUACUAAUAUAACGUAGGUGGUUCGAAAGGAAUUUUCACUAGUUCAUUAUUUUCAAAGAGGAAUUCGAUUGAAUAUCCAUCAUGAAUUUACAGUGUACAAAUAUGAUGAACUUAUUUCACCGCAAAUUGAGAAGGGGUGUAUAUAUAACUGACGUAAAAAUAACUUUAACUGGAAAGAAAUGAUUUUAAUCAACAUGUUCAUAUGAAUUGUCGUGUAGUAUAUUGACACAUUUUCGACUGAAAUGUUUAAAGUCUUUGUGUUCCUUUUAAUGGUUUUUCAAUCUUCUGGAUAUUUAAAUAAAGUUUCUUUGUUUAUAUUUCCAAAACUUGUGCAGGUGGUUGCUUUUCCACCGAAUUUGGAAAACUUGUUUCCGGUUGGGUUACUAGAUACUUUUCUUAUUUCGGACCAGAAAAAUGAAGAAGAACUUAACGUGAUGUCUCGUAUUCAGGACAUCAAUUACAACAAAUUCAAUAACAGAUUAUAUUUUGGCCUGAAUAAACAGGAACAAACAGGUUUUGUAAUCAAGGUUGUCCAAGAAAGGAAUAAGAGAUUUUCCACUUAUUUUUCAUAUUGUCCUUUCAAAAUAUGCAAAUUUGGAACGAGAAGAAAAGCUACAAAACUUAUUACUAAUAAACGUAGUUAAUGUCAAUUGUCAUCAAGUUACUGAAUUUUGCAGGGCCGGAUUAAGAUUUAUAAGGCCGGGGCUAAAAUAAUGACGGGGCCCCCUUAAGGAAUUCGAAAACCCGGAAAAAUUCACAAAAUAAUAUCAAUACGUUAGAUUCGUGGUAUCAACACAUCAAAAAAUACAGAAUGAUUUCCAAAUGAUGGGGCCCUCUUGGACCUGGGGCCCGGGGCUAUAGUCCCCCCAAGCCCCUAGCUUAAUCCGGCCCUGGAAUUUUGAAAAUAAAACAUUCGAAGUUCGAACAAAAUACUUAGAUUAAAAUAAUUGUUAUGAAUCUGUAUGAAAUGGAUGUGGAAUCAUUUACUGAAAAAAGUUAAUUCAUUAACAAUGAAUCUUAUAUGCUCAGAAAUUUUGUUAUGUAAAUAAAUUUAUACCGCUCGAAAUGAAUUUACACGGCUUGUUGUUUUGAAAAAACUUAUUUCAAAGUACCUACAUGUGUAGUGUGCAUUUCAUCGUAACAGACAUCUACAUAUAGAUUCAGAAGUUGUUUAUGACACGAAAUUUUCAAAAUCGAUCGAAUUAUUUUUAGAAAUUGGCUGUAGAUCGUUAAUACUGCUUAAUUUCAAUCACGAAACAACAUUUGUUUGUUUAUUUUUUUGUCUAGUAAACAUUUAUUCUAAAAACAUUUCAAUUAUCAAAAAGCCCGACGAUGUCUGCGUAUUGUGCUUAUCAGAUCAGUAAUUAUUGAGGAUUAUUCCGCUAUUCUCUGUCUGUCCCAUUCACCAGAUCUUGAAGACGACUUCUAGGUGGAUUCCUAGUGCUCUAUCUGCUCUGGAAAUCAUAACCAAACCAGGUUCGAUAGUGUUAAUAUCAGGGGAUGGAGCAAGACUGUCCAAACUAUUGAUUCAUUCCGUUUCAAGCUAACGAUGAGGCUCAACAGCAGCACGUGAAGAUGAAUUAUGAUGAAUAUUGCUUUUAAUUUUCAUUCUGUUCGAUCAUCCGAUAACUCUUGUUUGAAUUUC